AUGAUAUUGAACUUAUUCAUUUUUGUUUUUUUUAUUCAAUAAAUCUUUUGUGAAUAAAUUUUGUAGGCAACCUUAGUAGAUGGAGAUUUUUAAAUAAAAGCUAAAGUAGGAACACCUCCUAUUGACUAAAUUCUUAUGCUUUAGUUUGGUUAAAAUCAAGAUAACGUUUUAGGAUAUUUUAUAUUUGAUAAAUCCAUAAUAAAAUAUGACAACUAGUAUUAUACCUAAUUUUUGAGCUAGUUAACACUUUAUGACAUGCUAAAGAGUUCUACCGCCAAUAUUGAUUCUUCUGUAAUUGAUUCUCCCGGUUUAUAUGAUAAUUAUGGUGGCUAUGUAUCAGGAAACACUGUUUAAGAUGUCCUUGAGAUUGGAAAUGUAAAAUUCAACUAUAAAUUCAUUUCUGCAAUAGAAGCGCCUGAUUUGCAUGAUCCUUACUUAAACGGUCUUGUCACUUUUGAUAGAUAUUAAGAUAAUAUUUUUGAUAUUAUGUAUUAAUAAAAAGUAAUCAAAACAAGAGAUUACAUAUUAACAAGUUUUUCUUCUUUUGAUUAAAAAUAAACUCCUAUUUUGAAUGUAAACUUUUAAUACGAUUUAGACUAAUAUUCAAACAAUUACAGAUAUCCUUCUAAUCAAAUGAAUAAUGGAAAAACUUUUUAAAUCAAAGCAUAUGGAAUAUAUGUCAAUGAUUAAGAUGUUACUGAUAAUAUAAAAUUUCGUAUAAUAACCUUUGACGAACCUUUUGAAUUGAAUUAAGUUAAGAUACCAAUGGAUCUUUUUAAUCUUAUAUAAUAAGACAUAGAAAUUUUAAAUAUAAUAUAAAAUGGAUAAAUUCCUAAUUGUCCUAACUGCUAAUGCUAGCAAACUAAAAUAUUGCCUACCUUCAAAGUGAUAUCGGAAGAAUAUGUCUUUGAAAUAACUCCGAAUAUGUACACUAGUUAUCUUUUAGGCGAGGAAGGAAAAUAUAAUUAUUGCAGAAUUCGUCUUGUUGGUUAUGAUAACAGUUUCAGUUUUUCAUACCAACUAUCAUUAUACUCAAAGAUUCCAAUUAUGUACUAAAAAGCUUCAAAUAGUUUAAGGUUUAUUGGAAAUAAAACAGUAGGACAUUAAAAAAUAGAAAUUCUCAUACCAGUAAUGUCUUUUUUCAGUGGAGCUAAUCUUAUCAUUCUAAUCAUGUUUGCUUUUCAUAUUUAUAAAAAAUAUAAAUUCGUUACGAGAGAGUAUUAUAGAGAUAAUAGAUAUAUUAAAGUGGAGUGA